AUGAGACUAACCUUCUUGUUCAAACGUCGUGCGGCACAGAUAACAUGUGACUUUGCGACGAAGUUUAUCAACAAUAUGUCAGAUCCUCGGGGGAAAAGGGUACGCUCAGAGGCACGAAGUUUGGGUGCGGAAUCCUUUAUGAAGGGGAGGGCUCUGGCGAAAUAUGCUUGGACCAAGGCCCCAAGAUGUCCUUCCAAGACGCGCUUUCCAGUAGGCGGUUUGGUUCAAGAACGAUGGAUCAUGGGAGGAGAGCUGGGGAUCCCCACACUCUGGAUGGACGGCCAAAGGUGUUUUGGCUGGGAUUGUACGCUCCUGGGCCUGGACGACGAGUGCGGAAACGACGUCGAUGGUUGGUCGGAUGGGCCCGACGUUGACCCCGCUUCAGAUGGCACGCCACCGGGGUGCUCCGCUCGCUGCUCGGGCCCUCCUCCCCCGCGCCCCGGGCUUCUUACCCCGCGCCGGUGGAGAAAGCUUUCCCCGAUUUUUCUGUCCAUUCCCGUUCUUUUUCCUGGCUCCCCCGUGGUUCCCGUGGGCCUCCUUUUCUUACCAGUUGCUCUCUGCUCGGUCUCUGACUGGUCUCCGUCCGGGGUCUAUGUUUUGGGGAAGUCAUCUCCGCACACUCUCCGCAAUCCCUUCUACACUGGAUCUUUGGGGGAAAUUCUGGGCGAGCAAAAGCUGGAGAGGGCGGGCGACGGGGAACCGAGAACUACGCAAUGCAACCGCUGCAACACGACAUACUGCGUAUGUGCCCGCACACACUUCCACACAUAUUCCCAGCCUCCUGCUGAACUUGCCCCCAUGUCCAAGUCUCCAUACUGUUGCGUUACGCUUUGCCCAAUUCACCGCGAUACCAUUGUUUACCACGUCUUCACACAAGCUAAGCCAAAGCCUACAGCUCCGAGCGUCGAGAUCAAAGACUCCGUCAAGCUUUUCCUUUGGUGGAUUCGCGCCGACGAUAUGGCUGCUUCGAGGAAAGACGGCCGUUUUCCUUACAUCAACCAAUCCCAUCCCUGCAUGCCCGCCACCAGCCCGAAGCACCGAGGGACCUCGUGGUCUGAGCCUCUUGUUCUUCGCCAGUCGCUGCUGAACCAUUUCGUCUGCCCAGAAAUGCGGCGACAAAAGCCCAAGAAUCCAAGAAAUGAGGCGGCCGGGAGAGCGCCCAAGUGCCAUGCCAAGUCGCUCACUGCCCUGACCUUUCGCCGCCUCGAGAAACUACAGACUCGUUCUCGCGCCUUAUCCCCCGUUGCAGAAAACCACCAAUCACUUCACUUAGUUCAGAGAACCACAUUCAGCCAGAUAACUUCCCCGUUGGAGCUAUGCGUCCACACCCUUAUUCCCACCUAUCUUGCUAACCAGCACGCACAUGUUCAUGUUGUUGCCCCCAUGGGUCCCCCAGUCGACGCAACGUUGUCCCCCAAUCCCUAA